AUGCCCCAAAUUGGGGCCCAAGAGCCUUUGCCCUGGGCUUCCACCUGGGCCUCCAGGGGCAGCCCUCGGUUUCCUUUCAUAAAGGAGCGGUUUUCUCCAACCUCCCACGCUGGUGAAUGCUUGAUUUCCCGUGAGUCUUGCGUCUGCAUUGGGAAUGGGGAGAGCUGGAGUCCCGUGGUAGAAAGCCCAGAGGCUCGGGGCCAGGAGCUUCUGGGAACUGGGCUAGGUUCGCGCCCACAUCCUGAGCAGUGGACACGCAGGAACUGUUUUGCAGGUGAGGGCGAUGGGCAGAUUCAGUCUGGUGCCUCGGGGUGUCCUGGGCCUGCCCCCAGCCUAACCCCCCAGGCCCCCGUUACCUGCAAGCCAGUGACUGGGCUGCUUUGGAGGGCAAAGUGUGAGGAGGAAGGAAGCCGGGGGUGGAAGCGAAGCUGGCUGGUGUUGGCAGUGGGCGGAGCUGAGCUGCCAGCGCUGAGAGAAAGAGGGUGGGGCUGCUGGGAAGGAAGGGGCCCGCCACGCCGCUGGUUAGCUCGGCACGGCUCGGCACCAGUGCUCCUGGUGGCGCGGCUUCGGCGCUGGACCCGGAGGCAGGGCACGUGGGCCAUGGCUGCCGCCACAUCAGGUGCCAUACCCUGCCCGACCAACUUCUCGGCCGCUGCCGAUCGCGUCCUCGGUCGUUUCCAGGAAGACUUUCUGUGGCCCGUGCUGGUGGUUGAGUUCCUGGUGGCCGCGGCCAGCAACGGCUUCGCCUUAUACCGCUUCGGCACGCAGGAGCGGCGCCCGUGGCACCCGGCUGUGGUCUUCUCGGCACAGCUGGCCGUCAGCGACCUGCUCUACGCCCUGACGCUGCUCCCGCUGGCCGCCUACCUCUACCCCCCCAAAAACUGGCAGUACGGGGAGCUGGCAUGCCGCCUGGAGCGCUUCCUCUUCACCUGCAACCUGCUGGGCAGCGUCCUCUUCAUCACCUGCAUCAGCCUAAACCGCUACCUGGGCAUCGUCCACCCCUUCUUCACCCGCAGCAGCCUGCGCGCCAAGCACGCCUGGGCCGUCAGCGCUGCUGGCUGGGUGCUGGCCGCCGUGCUGGCCGCGCCCACACUCGGCUUUUCCCACCUGAAGCGGCCGCAGCAGGAGGGGGACUGCUCUGUGGCCAGGCCGGGGGCCUGCACCAAGUGCCUGGGGACGGCAGACCAGCGCCUCGAGGCCUACAGAGCCUACAGCCUGGCGCUGGCCACGGCGGGCUGCGGCCUGCCGCUGUUGCUCACCCUGACGGCCUACGGCGCCCUCGGGUGGGCGGUGCUGCGCAGCCACGGCAUGACGGCGGCCGAGAAGCUGCGUGUGGCGGUGCUGGUGGCCAGCGGCAUGGCCCUCUACGCCGGCUCCUACGUGCCCUACUACGUGACGCUGGUGCUCAACGUGUCCGCCCGACAGCACUGGAGAGCCCGCUGCCCGGGCUUCGCUAACUCGGCCGAGGCCGAGGCGGCGCUGGAUUGGAGGACCUACGUGAGCCACCAGGUGAUGCGGGGCCUCAUGCCCGUGGCCAUCUGUAUCCACCCUCUGCUUUACAUGGCUGUGGCACCCAGCCUCGGCUGCCGCCCCGGUCCAGGAGGCUGCCUCAGCUGCGGGGAGAGCCAACCCCCCGAGGACGCCGGGAGCUCUGGCCAAGUCCUGCCCCUCAAUGUCACAGCCACCCCCAAAACCUCGGGGUCCUAGUCCCCCGAGCUGAGCCGACGACCUGGCCUAUUUUGAGCCACUGCCGCCUGCCCUGGAAUCCAUCCGAGAGCAUGGCAGGCCCCAAACCACCACUUCCUCCGUGGUCUACAGAAAGACCUGAUGGGGGACUGAAGGUGCCCAGGCCAGGGAGGGCAGGAACUUCUGCCUGAAGCCCUGAUCCCGGAGAGGGCUGGCCCCCACUAGCCACAGAGCAGGUGACUAGACAAGGUGAAUAAACAAGACAGCACGUGACAA